AUGGUGGAAAAGCGACAAGCGGCCUCGUCCGGGAGUGGAGCAGCUACUACCACGACUUCCUCCUCCCCCACCCCUACUUCAUCGUCGACAACUCCAACGACGUCCGCCUCUCCGUCUACUUCUCCUACCUCAUCUGCAAAUGGAGGCUCCCCUACCACCAAUGGAUCGGGUACUACGUCCAGCGGUGGCUCUUCAGAGGCAGGCAGCUCCGCGACGUCCGCCCCUGCUGCGGCUACGACUACAUCGACUCCACAGUCUACGGAGGUGCAGACGACAGUGACGUCCGCGGUACCUACGACUUACUUAUCUACCGAUGCUGCAGGAUCGACUGUCGUAAUUACAACUACGUUUGCAACCACCGUGCCGACGACGACGACGAUCAGCACUCAGUCGAGUGCAUCAAGUAGCACUCCGAUAGGCGCUAUCGUCGGUGGUGCUGUUGGAGGCGUCGUUGCCCUCGUUGCCCUCGCAUUCUUGAUCUACUGCAUCAGGAGAAGGUCAUCCAAAGACGAGUUUGAUGGGGACUUUGAUCCAGAUCGCGUCGUUAGCCGCUCAGCCGGAGGAGGCGGCACCCUUCCACAGCUCGAUCUGGCAGAAGAAGCAAAUAAUAUCACGCCAUUUAAUGCCUACGCCGCCGAUGCGGAGCAAGGGAUGCGGCAAUACGGUCAAUCACCGUUUGCCAGCGGCCCUUCGGCUAUGGGUGUAGCGGGCGUCCAGGCACAGCAUCAAAUGCCUAACUCGCCUCCUCCCCCGAGCUCGCCGUCACAUUACUCGGAUGGCCAGUCUUACUAUCAGGGCGCGGGAGGUUCAGCUAGCGGGCACUCCCCCCAACAAUCCCUCUCAGUCCGCCCACCGCCGGGUGCAGCGAUGCUGCCUCCACAUCAGCAGCAGCAGCCGUUCAUGUACGGCACUGCCCCCGCAGAUUGGCAUGCUCCUCGUCCGGGCUCAUCUCCCCCGCCGAGCACCGUUCCCAGUGCAAGUGCAAGCUCGAGAAGUGCCAAGGAACGUGAGGCUGCUGGUGGAAGAAGCGCGUAUGGUUUGGGCCUGGCAACUCAGCACGAAGCCCCGGAAGGUAGUGGUUCUAUGCUGGGCUCCUCAGGAGGGAGCGGCGCCGGGGUUGUUGUGCACCAGGAUGCGGGAAGAGCUCCAGAUGCAGAGGCAGAGGCGCCGCAAGAGAUCCCGCCUUCCUACGAUUCAAUACAGCACUAA